AUGGCGCCGUGGGUGCCUACUUUCACAUCGGCACUAGAGGCGGAAGCAGCGGCCAGAGACCACAAGCCGCCAUUCACCACGUUCCAGUUUGCCACUGUUGAUAAAGACGGGUUCCCGAAAAACAGAACGUUGGUCCACAGAGGCAGUCUUUUCGACAACAGCGACAACAACGUGAUGAUCUUUUGCACGGACAGGCGGAUGGACAAGUACGACGAGCUCUUGGCCAACGACAAGUUCGAGGCCGUUUUCUGGUUCGAGAAGAUCCGCAAACAGUUUAGGUUCCGUGGCCACGCCAGGCUUCUCGACCAGGAACACCGUCCCAUUGUGGAUGUUACCAGCAUUCAGCCCCGCAACAUCAUUCUGCUGAGCCACAACAACCUGAGCGAUUCCGAGGAGGAAGACGACGGCGAUAGCGGUGCUUUGGAAAUGUCCGUGGCCAGUCCGCAAAAGAGCCAGAACGGCGGUUCCGUCAGUCCGCAGCUGGUGCCCUUGAGCUACCCGCUCUUGUCGCCCUUGGCGUGUCAGAAACUCGCCCACGAACAGAAAAACCUCGCCGUUUCGUACCCCAACUUGCAAGAGCUCUCCCACGUGGAGUUUGUCGCCCCUACCAACGAGGACUGGGACCAGGAAUUGCAGCGUGUGUGGAACGAUCUCUCCAAGGGCCUCAAGCUGUCUUUCCGCCGCCCGGCGCCCAGAUCGAUGUUGGACGAGUCGAAGCAGAAUACCAUCGACAAGAUUAACAGGGGCGUUGACGGCAAGGGAGAGGACAGCGGCCUCAAGAAUUUUGCCGUGGUGGCGAUGUUCGUGGAGACGGUUGACUACUACGAGCAAGAGAAGGACAGGCGCUACAUUUACCAGAAGGACAGCUCGCAUUUGUGGAGCGAGGAGGAGGUUUGUCCGUAG